AAGACAACAUACCACCUGCCAGAUAUCUUGAUACCUGUUUACAUGCGUAGUCUCACUUAAAUCGUCGAAUGGGAACCGGACCAGGACCACAUAUCCGGUGGUGUAGUCUGUAAAUAGAUUUACAAAAAAUGGGCGGUUACUCUUUGGACACUAUCGACGACGAUACUCUUAUUUGCAUUCUGUCUUUCCUGUCCAUACCUCAGCUCUUGAUCAUCAGACAGGCAUGCAAGCGUCUUAAUUGCAUUUCCAAGCAACAUACCGUAUGGCGUAAUGCAUGUAUAACUCACGUUUUGCAACAAGGAUUUCCAUUCACACAGUUACCCCUAAACUCAUUUGACUGCACUGAACUGGAGCGGCGAACUUGUCGUGCGUAUCGCCUGGGAAGGAGAUGGCGUUCUUCCGUAUCAGAACCUCGUCGCACAAUUACUUUUAACGCCAAUCCAAGUAGUCCCAUCGACUAUAUUCGCUUUGUUCCUGGUCAUGAUGGGAAAAGAAUCCUCACCGUGUCAAAGGGUAUAUGGUCAGUCGUCACAAUCUGGGAUGCCAAGGAAGGCGAGGGCGUAAAUAGUGGUUUUCGGAAGACGGCCGAAUGGGGUCCAAAAGGCGCUAUUUUCAGCGGUCUUACCGUCAAUACAAAGCCUGGUUCCGAGGCAGUGUUAGCUGUUUCCAUACAACAGAGCGGUUCAUCAAGAGUCGAAGUCCUCUCUUGCAUCGGCGAACAGGAUACCACGUUCCAAACAUUAACGACGGUUGAUACCCACCAUCGACCCACUGCAUUAUGCGGUGAUUUAAUUGCACUGACUGAUACCUUAGCUGAAACGGUGAUAUGGAAUUGGAGGGAAAACACGUACGCUAUUCUGCGCAAUGGUUCCGAAUCUGAGGUCUGGCAGGACCAUAGUGUCCAGGUUGUUUUCGCUCAUAAAAGUAUACUCGUCGUUAGAGCACGCUCCAUCCAUGUAUUUGCAGAACCUACCUUGUCGCCAUAUCCAACAACAGCCGCGCAGUUGUCCGUUGCUAGCCAUUCCUUCGGUUGGGUUGACGGCGUGUCGGUAUCGAUCAAGCCUUUACAUCCCUUCGGACAGAGACAAGCGUGUUGCGAAUAUCAGCCAGUAAUAAUUCUGGCACGAACUAAAAGUGACGAUCCUUGGUCUCUCUACCAACUCAGGCUUCAUAUGUAUACCCUGGAACCAAACUCAACCUACAAUCAUGCAUCUUCUUCAAAUCAAGAUCUAAUAACGACUGUCUCGCCAUACUUGUUUCCGUUUCAGUCCUCGGCUGAGGUGGUGUCAGCUCACCAUGGACCCCUCCGUUGUACCGAUAUAGCUUUGGGUCCGUUCGGUACCGCAGUAUGGGUGCAGCCGAAAGAUCGAUCAGCUGUGGGAUUGAUAUCUCCUGACGUCCAUCUUCAACAAAUACCACUACCCCACUCACUUGCGCGGGACGAAACCCUUGUGGCAGGUAUUUUCCCAGGAGUGCUUCAGGGCGAUCGUUCAGAAGUUAAGACAAAGGCACUAUGGACCAAUCCUUUGAAUAAUUGGACGUGUUUGGAUUAUGAUGAAGAAACAGGGUUUAUUUCAGUGGGCUCUAAUUCCGGUGCAGUAACACUAUUGGAGAUAUGAAGAUCAGCGCAAUUAUCAAACAUAGAAUGAUAUUGAUUUGAGGAGUAUACAUGAUAUCGUGAUUUAUACUAACAACUACUAGACAUCUUUUUUCAAGUAAACCGCAGUAUAAUACUCGUUUAUAUUGACGUCGGUUUGCAUAAAUCCAUAGAAGGCAGAGAAUGCUAGUGAAUUACAUCC